AUGCUAUUUCUUCAACGCCAACUCCCCAUUAUCUAUAGAGUAUCACGCAGGUCGGGACGGAAUUACUCUGUUAAAUUUUCAGAGAAUUUCGACGGACACGUGCAAGCUACGAAGCCACGGCUAGCGGAUUUUAGAUAUCCUCUCUUCCACACCUUCUUAUUGGCGUCGAGCGUUUAUAUGGGAUUAAACGCCUUGUGGUAUUCAUUGGAGUACGAACAGGUAGAAAAUAGUUUGAUAAAACAAGCAAACAUGCUCGAAGAUGAACUACAGAGAACGCUUGAAGAAGUAAAACUGCAACACAUCAAGUCAGCCGACAAGUGGUACAGCAAGUUAAAAUUUUGGAGCUAA